CGCAUUCCAAGCAUGCUUGAAGACGGAGGAUGUUGAGGCUCCUCAGCAGAGUCCUAGCAUCUUUGCAAACCCAAAGUAACCUGAAACUUGCCCAAAACUUGUGCUCAGCCUGUCCUGGCUUUGCUGUGAAGCCCAUAAUGGAACCCAAACUGUACCAGCCCCCCGCAGAGGUCCGUGGUAUGACCUCUCUGGACAGAGAGGCGUUCUCGCAGACCAUUACAGUCCCAGCUCUACGGGUGCCCACUGGGGUCUUAAACAAAGUAGUCAAAAGCCUGAAAAAGUCGACUAUCCAACGUCCAGGUGUCCCCAGAGUGGUCCAGGAUCAAGAGGAGAGUAGUGACUUCCGGUUAGUGCUCUUGGAUCCUAUCAGGGUCUCCUCACCAAAGUCCUUCAAUGAAGCUGAAGCUGAGGCUCUGCGUUCUUUCGGUGUUGAUGAAGAGCUGCUGGACUAUGAGCUGAGCUUGACCUACGAUAACCUGAAGAGUGAAGAAGUGCUGCAGGCUGUGCUCCCACAGGGUCAGGAUGUGACAUCAUCGUUCAGCCGAGUGGGACACAUCGCACACAUGAACCUAAGGGACCACCAGCUACCAUACAGGAACCUCAUAGGUCAAGUCAUCAUGGACAAAAACCCUGGUGUCACCUGUGUGGUCAAUAAAACAAACAUUAUUGACACAACUUACCGUAACUUCAAGAUGGAGGUGCUUGCUGGAGAGGAGAACAUGGUCGCCAAAGUGAGAGAAAACGGGGUGACAUACGAGUUUGACUUUUCUCGUGUUUACUGGAACCCCCGACUGAGCACAGAGCACCAGCGUGUGGUGCAGCUCGUCAAACGUGGUGACACUGUGUUUGAUGUGUUUGCUGGCGUCGGACCCUUUGCCGUCCCAGUUGCCCGCUCGGGUGCCAAUGUGUUUGCCAAUGAUCUCAACCCAGAGUCGUACAAGUGGCUACAGCACAACUGCAAACUCAACAAGGUGGACAGCAAAGUCAAAACCUUCAACCUGGACGGCAGAGCGUUCAUCCAGGAACCCGUGAAGCAAGAGCUGCCCGUACUGUUAAAGGGAAAAUUCAGUGUUCAUGUGGUGAUGAACCUGCCUGCCUUGGCUCUGGAGUUCCUGGAUGCAUUCAGAGGCCUCCUACACCAGGAGCCUCCCUGCGAUGACAACCUACCCACAGUGCACUGCUACGGGUUCUCUAAAGAGGACAACCCUGAAAAGGACAUGGUGGAGAGGGCUUCCUGCAGCCUCGGGUUCCCCCUGGAGCAGCGGUGCUCUGUGCAUUUUGUGCGCAAUGUAGCACCCAACAAAGAUAUGAUGUGUGUGAGCUUCACAAUCCCUAAAGAGGUCCUAUUCUGCAGUGAACCCCAACAAACAGAGUCUUCAGAGGAACCAGCUCCAAAGAGGCAGAAGUGUGAAGAAACAACAGAUUCGACAUAAUAAUCAAACAAACCUGACAUAACAGAGUGUGAGGAUACAGUUGAGUUGAGGCUCGAAGUUUGUUUUUUUUG